AUGCAUCAAGUUAUAGCUGUGAAGGCAGAGAAGGUGCCAGUGGGGGAGAGGCUGAGGAGGUGUAAACAGGAAGCAGAGAAGCAGCAGAAGGUGGAGGAAGUGGCAGAGAAGUUGGAGAAGGAGUGUCAGGGCCUCAUUGAGUUCCACAAGUCAUACCAUGAACUCUUCCAGUUCUUCUGUAACAACACAACCAUCCAUGGAGCAAUCCGCUUAGUCUGCUCCAAGAGGAACAAAAUGAAGACAGCCUUCUGGUCUGUGCUCUUCUUCCUCACCUUUGGCCUAAUGUACUGGCAAUUUGGGAUCCUCUACAGGCAGUACUUCAGCUUCCCUGUCAACCUGAACCUUAACCUCAACUCAGACAGGCUGACCUUCCCUGCUGUCACACUGUGCACCCUCAACCCCUACAGAUACAGUGCUGUCCAGAAGGAGCUGGAUGAACUGGAUCGUAUCACCCAUCAGACACUAAUGGACCUGUAUAACUACAAUAUGUCUCUGGUACAAAGCAACUGGGCAGCCCAGUCCAGCCGGAAACGUAGCCCAAGGAGUCUGUCCCACCAUGUCCAGCGCCACCCACUGAGGAGACACAAGCGUGAUGAACCAGCCAGCCUGAAGGGGAACAGUCCUCCAGUGGACAAAAGUGACUGGAAAAUUGGCUUCAUCCUGUGCAAUGAGACAAAUGAAGAUUGUUUCCACCAGACGUAUUCCUCAGGUGUAGAUGCUGUGCGUGAGUGGUACAGUUUCCACUACAUCAACAUUUUGGCACGGAUGCCUAACACAAAGGCCCUGGAUGAGUCCAAUUUUGAGAACUUCAUCUAUGCUUGCCGCUUCAAUGAGGUUACAUGUGACAAGGCGAAUUACACCCAUUUCCAUCAUCCUAUUUAUGGGAACUGCUACACAUUCAAUGAUGGCAAUAGCAGCCUGUGGACGUCAUCCCUGCCUGGGAUCAAUAAUGGCCUCUCUCUGCUAGUGCGCACAGAGCAGAACGACUAUAUCCCACUGCUGUCCACAGUGACGGGAGCCCGGGUGAUGGUCCAUGAGCAGAAUGAACCAGCCUUCAUGGACGAUGGGGGCUUCAAUGUGCGUCCGGGUAUGGAGACCUCCAUCAGUAUGAGAAAGGAGACGACAAUGCGUCUUGGGGGCAGCUACAGUGACUGCACUGAAGAUGGCAGUGAUGUUCUAGUGCAGAACCUGUACUCGUCCCAUUACACUGAGCAGGUCUGCAUUCGUUCCUGUUUCCAGAUCAGUAUGGUAGAGCGCUGUGGCUGUGCAUAUUACUUCUACCCCUUACCCUCUGGAGCAGAGUAUUGUGAUUACACUAAGCAUAUAGCAUGGGGUCACUGUUAUUACAAACUCCAGGUUGAAUUCAAAUCCAAUGUUCUGGGCUGUUUCAGCAAAUGUCGGAAACCUUGCGAGGUGACCGAGUAUCAGCUGUCAGCUGGACACUCCCACUGGCCUUCCACUGUUUCCGAGGAUUGGGUGUCUCACAUGCUGUCCCGACAGAAUAAGUACAAUAUCACAUCCAAGAGGAAUGGAGUGGCCAAAGUGAACAUAUUUUUUGAGGAAUGGAAGUAUAAAACCAAUGGGGAGUCUCCUGCCUUCACGGUGGUGACGCUGCUCUCCCAGCUGGGGAAUCAGUGGAGUCUCUGGUUUGGUUCCUCUGUUCUUUCUGUGGUGGAGCUCGCUGAGCUCAUUUUGGAUUUCAUUGCCAUCACCUUCAUCCUCUCCUUCCGGUGGCUCCGCUCCCGUCAGCUACUGGCCUCUGCUGUGCCACCCCCAGGUGCUCAUGACAACACUGCCUUCCAGCCUGAACCCUCUGGCCCCAGUGCUCCACACCGCUUCACUGUCGAGGCUGUGGUAACUACGCUGCCCUCCUACAACAGCCUGGAACUAUGUGGGCAGAACAGGGAUGCUGAGAUUGGACUGGAGUGA